AUGGAAACAGCCUGGUUCUGUGAGUCCGACGGGAAAACGCAGAUCGAGCAACUAAUGGCAUUAAAUGAUCUAAGCGAUGACGAUGAGGACAGCAACAUCCCGAACAAUACCGAUGCAGCCGAAAACGAAAAGAAGGAUCAGCAGAAACCCAUCCUGGAAAAUAGUGGCCACGAAGUGAACAACACGGAAGAUCGUCCGGUACGCGAAGAAUUUGUGUCCGAUUUCGAUACAAUAAGAGAGCGUAAACAGGCCGAACGGUCCCGGAGUCUCAAACGUAAGAAGGACCGUGACAGCAUCGAGAACGAUGAUCUAAUAGAGGAGCUACUGCAGCGGAUGCGGCAGGCGGCCAGCCAGGAUCGGCUGCUUAACGUAGCGGGCAAACCAGCCACGAAAAAGAUCGCCAUCCUCCACCAAGUCAUGCCGCAGUUGAUCAAGAAGGAUCUGCAGCACGAUUUGCUUUGCCACAACGUGCUGUGUGUGCUGACCGAUUGGAUCGCACCGCUACCGAACAGAGCGCUGCCCUGUCUGCAGAUCCGAGAGGGUGUCCUGAAGCUGUUGCUCAAUUUUCCCACCAUCGACAAGUGCUACCUGAAGCAGUCCGGCAUAGGCAAAGCGGUCAUGUAUCUGUACAAACAUCCGGACGAAACGAAAGUGAACCGGGACCGAGCGCACGUGCUGAUCACCGGUUGGUUUCGUUCGGUUUACAACAUCAGCACUAGCUUCAAUGGAAUGUCGCUGGAGGAACGGCGCCAGCAUGAUCUGCAGCAUUUGUCCUCCGCAUGCAGCAAGCCACCGGUUGCGGUUGUCGUUCAAUCCACUCCACCGGUCUGCCAGCCGGAUUUUUGGUUAUUCACGCCAAAGAAAGAUAUUAUCCGGCCGGGUGAUAAAGGGUGGUCCUAUCGGGCGCGUGUCCCGCGCCAAUCCGACAAGGUGUACAUCGUGCGACCGAAACCGAAAAUCGAAGUCAAUAUCGGCACCUAUAGGUCGAAGAAGCAGCUUAACCGAUACGAACUGUGCUGGAAGAGGUUUAACGAGAGCAAACGGCAAAGCAAGGCACGUCCGCUUGUAGAUCUUUCCAUUGAAGGAGCAAAAUUGCGGGACAAUUAA